UUCGAUUCGAGGAGGGAGGGAGAGAGAGAGAGAGAGAUUAUUUAUACAGUAACCCAGAAAGCUACCGUCGACGGCCUAAUUGACCAAGUUGGGGUGGUCAGGGACAAGUUUGGUAAAUAAGUGGAACCUCUUGGGGCAAUUUUGUAUGACGUUGGUUCGGCUCUGUCUUUGCUGUUGUUGUUGCUGUCUCUGUUUGAAACAACACAAACAAACAAAGCCUCUUAUAUAAGCCCACACACACUUUGCUUUCUCUUCUUCAAUCUGUCUGUCUAUAGAUACAUACUGAGACACAGAGAGAGAGAGAGGGAUGAGAACGAGGAGGGGGAUUUGUUAUCCGAAAUUGGAGAUGUGUUGUUGGGAAAGAACAACAGUGAAGAGAAGAAGAGAUGAACCACGGAGAAUUAGCCGGAAACGUUGGAAGAAUUCGCCGGAGAUUGCCAGAGACUGUGAUUUGUUCGACGAGUUGCCUGAUGAUCUCGUCGUUUUUAUUCUCUCCAAACUUAGCUCCUCCGCCGAUUCUCCUGCAGAUUUCAUCAACGUUCUCAUUACAUGCAAGAGAUUAAACGCUUUAGGACUCCAUUCCAUGGUACUAUCCAAAGCUUCUACAAAAAUGCUUGCCGUUAAAGCUAAGAACUGGUCCGAGUCCGCUCACCGAUUCCUGAAACAGUGUGCCGAAUCAGGAAACGUUGAAGCCUGCUACACUCUCGGCAUGAUUCGAUUCUACUGUUUGCAAAACCGAGGCACCGGAGCUUCGUUAAUGGCGAAGGCGGCGAUUAACUCUCACGCGCCGGCACUGUACUCACUGGCGGUGAUUCAGUUCAACGGCAGUGGUGGUUCUAAAAACGACAAGGACCUCCGCGCCGGAGUUGCUCUAUGCGCACGCGCCGCCUUUCUCGGCCACAUCGACGGGCUGCGCGAGCUCGGUCACUGCCUCCAAGACGGUUACGGCGUGCGCCAGAACAUCGUCGAGGGCCGCCGAUUCCUCGUCCAAGCCAACGCUCGCGAGCUAGCCGCCGUGCUCUCCAUGCCGGCCUCCGCCAUAACAUCCGGCUCGUGGCUGACGUGGAACCCGCUUCCUCACCUCCGCCACGGCCACGCCCACGGCGGCUCGAGCGGUGGCUGUCCGUUGCUCAGCGAUUUCGGCUGCAACGUGCCGGCGCCGGAGCCUCACCCGGCGAGUCGGUUCAUGACGGACUGGUUCGAGGUUCGGUGCGGGGCUCCGGGUGCGGGGCUCCGGAUGUGUUCUCACGUCGGGUGUGGGCGACCCGAGACGAGGAGGCACGAGUUUCGCCGGUGCUCGGUCUGCGGAGCAGUGAAUUAUUGCUCUCGAGCGUGUCAGGCGCUCGAUUGGAAGAUGCGCCAUAAGGCGGAGUGCGCACCCAUAGAGAGGUGGGUCGACGAAGAUGGAGAGCAUGACGGUAACGGUAACGGUAACGGUAACGGAAAUGGAAAUGUUAACGGUGGGAAUGGCAAUAAUGCUGAUGCCAUGGCUGAGAGUUAACUGUAACGAGGACUGUGACUGUGACGGUAACGGCACUUGAGUCUUAGAAAAAAAUGAGGAGAGAGAAAGAGGAAAGUUUUGCGGCCAUUUUUGGUGGAAUGUUCAAUUCAGUAAUUUUAUGGUGGUCGCUUUAUCUGUAUAGAGGAAGAGGUAAUUUUAGAAAGUUCUGUGAGGGUUUUUUCUUUUUCUUUUUCUUUUUUUGGGGUACAAUAGAGCUUUUUAGCUGCCUUGCAAUUUCCCUAAUUUAAAGAGUAAUUUCCUUUAUUUCAAAUAUUUCUGUUUCAUUUUA